AUGCCGGAGCUUUGCCGCAAGUUGUGGUGCAACUGCGCCGCUGAGCCGAAGCUAAGCCAGGCCUGGGCCGAACUCAGCCACACCGGCAUAGGGUCACGUGAACAGUGGGGGUUAGAAACUCUUGCUCUGAGUCGGCCCCCAGGCUACAUCGAGCCUGAAGAUGAUUGGUACUUGAAGCUGUGUUUAAGUAUCGGGGAGUACGGAGGCGACUAUUACAAUAGUAUAUCAACUAGCUUUGUAGCCCCAGGAGAGCUUAGGGGCCAGGGUCGCUUUAAAUACUCGAGUGGAUCAAAACAUCUAAGUGUUUAUGCAGCCAAAGACAAUCCUGCAUCCAGAUACAUCAAGAAGCGCCCCUUCAAUACCUCCCCCGAUUCGGAGGAAACAUUCAGGUUGGCACGCGGUUGGAUGGCUGAGUGCCAAAAUCCCCACGGCGCCUGCCCAGGGUUUCAACCGCUUCAGAUGCCCUCCAGAGUACUGGACGUAGGAACAGAACAGCUCCCAGAAACGCUGAAGGUUGUGGAAACAUCGGGCUUACAAGUAGCUCCUUACAUGGCGUUAAGCUAUUGCUCGGGACCAGUACCAGGCCUGACCGCCUUGGCCCGGAAUAUCCAACGUCUAGAACCAAAUGUUGAAUAUAAAGAUCUUCCAAGGACGCUAUAG